GUCAUUUUCAAUGUAUACAUGUACUUGAAGCGUUUGUAGAAUAAAUAUGAAUUGUCAAAAUCUAAUACCUCGAAGUGUUUAUUUGUUUCAAUAAUCAAAACUAUCUAUCUAAAUUGAGAAAAGUGCUGAGAUUUUUGGCACUUUCGCCCGGAAAACAAAGUUCGAAUAAGGAAAAUUAACGACAGAACAAAGAAAUUGAUUGCCUCCUGUGCGAAGAAACACACAGUUAAGUGAAAUGAGUUACCGAAGCGGAUAUAGUGGUGGUGGACCACCGAAGAAUUCGGCAUCAAAUGCAGGCCAAAAUUCAAAAGGUUAUUCAAUGAAUGCGGUGCCGCCACCCAGCUCUUUGGGCAAUUCAAGAUUUGGAAAGUUUCAGAAAGCAGGUAAUUUAUCGUCAUCAUCGUCGUCAGGACAAACAACCACUGGACCACCGGCAGCAACUGUAUUUAGUGGUGGUCUAUCCAAACAUGGAUAUUCAACCAUGAAUUCAAUUGCACAAUUUGCCAGUUCAUCACAAUAUGCGCUCGGAAAACGUAAAUCCAAAACUGAGGACGAAUAUUUUGAUGACGAUGAGGAAGCAACACCCGAUUUGGCAUACAUUCCAGCACCAGGCAGCCCAUCAGCCAAUCAAUCGAAUAAAAGUGAGUCAGAUUCGGAUGACGAAGAUCCAUUGGACGCGUAUAUGAUGGGCAUUGAGAAACAUUUGGAAAAAGAGAAAACAAAACCACCCAGUGAAACGCAAGUAAGCAUCGUGGUCAAAGCCAACAAAGGAACACGUGGAGACAUCGAUGAUGAAGAUGAUGAAGAGAGCUAUUACCGAUACAUGGAAGAAAAUCCAAUGGCUGGCGUGGUCGAUGAUUCAUCAGACGUUGAAGUUGAGUACGAUGAAGAUGGAAAUCCGAUAGCACCACCAAGGAAGCGUGAAAUAGAUCCAUUGCCGCCGAUCGAUCACGAUGACAUUUCGUAUAAGCCGUUCGAGAAGAACUUUUACACGCCACACGACGACAUCAACAGUUUGACACGAAGUCAGGUGGAUGAGUUGAGGCAACAUUUAAAAAUUCGCGUUUCAGGCCCAGUACCACCACGACCGGUGGCUUCGUUUGCUCAUUUUGGUUUCGAUGAUAGUCUCAUAAAGGUCAUUCGCAAGUUAGAAUAUACACAGCCAACGCCAAUUCAGUCGCAAGCUGUGCCAACGGCGUUAGGUGGUCGCGAUAUAAUUGGUAUUGCAAAAACGGGAAGUGGUAAAACCGCAGCAUUCGUAUGGCCGAUGCUAGUUCACAUAAUGGAUCAACCGGAAUUACAAACCGGUGACGGUCCAAUCGCUCUCAUUUUAGCCCCAACCCGUGAACUUUCACUUCAAAUCUACAAUGAAGCGAAAAAGUUCGGCAAAGUCUACAACAUGAAUGUUGUGUGCUGCUAUGGUGGCGGUUCGAAAUGGGAACAAAGCAAAGCACUUGAACAAGGUGCCGAAAUUAUUGUAGCAACACCUGGCCGAAUGAUUGACAUGGUUAAAAUGAAAGCAACCAAUUUACAACGUGUCACAUAUUUGGUGCUCGACGAAGCUGAUAAGAUGUUGAACAUGGGAUUUGAACCACAGGUUCGAUCAAUCUGCAACCACGUGCGUCCCGACCGACAAACGCUUCUAUUCAGUGCCACAUUUAAAAAGCGAAUUGAAAAAUUGGCCCGUGAAAUCCUGACCGAUCCGGUGAAAAUCGUGCAGGGUGACGUUGGCGAGGCAAAUGAAGAUGUUACCCAAAUAAUGACGGUGUUCAAAAAUCCCGCACAAAAAUGGAAUUGGUUGCUAAGCAAAUUAGUCGACUUCCUAUCGCAGGGCAGUGUAUUGAUAUUUGUGACCAAAAAAGCGGAUGCCGAACAAGUGGCCAGCAGUUUACAAGUGCAAGAAAACGAUGUGCUACUGUUACACGGUGAUAUCGAUCAAUCGGAACGUAAUAAAGUCAUAACGAAAUUCAAGAAACGUGAAGUAGACAUUUUGGUGGCAACCGAUGUGGCGGCCCGUGGUUUGGAUAUUCCACACAUUCGAACGGUUGUCAAUUAUGAUGUUGCUCGUGACAUUGACACGCAUACACAUCGUAUCGGUCGAACAGGUCGAGCUGGUGAGAAGGGAACGGCAUACACACUGGUCACCGAGAAAGAUAAAGAAUUUGCCGGUCAUUUGGUGAGAAAUUUGGAGGGUGCCAAUCAAGAGGUACCCGAUGAUUUACUUGAGCUUGCCAUGCAAAGCUCCUGGUUUCGUAGUUCACGUUUUAAGAGUGGCAAAGCCAAAUCACUCAACUAUGCGGGCCUAGGCUACAAAGAUCGAUCCGGUGUGGGCGCAUCGAAAUCAGGUCAACCAAGUGGAAAUACAAUCACAAGCACAUCAUAUCUAUCACAAUCGUCAAGCUCUUCAAAUCAUCGGUCGUCUUCGGGACCGGCCACAAAUCGUUUUGCUGCCAUGAGAGAAGCCUUCCGCAGCCAGUACACUUCGCAGUUCCGUGCAUCAUCUGAUCGAACGUGGGAAGAGACUGUUCCUGAGAAAGGUGUAUUCGCAGCGCCGCCCAUGCCAAGUCAAAAUAAACCUUCUUCAGAUUCAGACAAUUCGAAAAAAUCGGGCAAAAGAAGCCGAUGGAACUGAAAUAACAACGAUUUGUUUACAACCCAGAAUCAAUUGAAUCCCAUAACUCUUCACAAUUUACUGAAAUUAAAUUAAUCAUGAUGUAAUCUUAAAUCUUUUCAUUUCUGUCUUUGUUGACUGACGUCUUUGAUGAAAAUAUCAGUUUUAAUGUGUCGUUUUAGCCAAACAACAUCAUUUUUCUUUCCUUUAACCUCUCCUUGAAAAACAAACAAGACAUCUAUGUACGUAACAUUUAUUUAGUUUAAAAUCUAGUAUAAAAAAAGAACAGCGAAUAUACUCAA